UGAUGACACAGCAGGGGACAAAAUCUAUCCUCAUGGAAAUUACGUACUUCCUAGUGGAAUGCUUUUCACAUAAGAUUUCAUUUCAUUCUCAUGGCCCUAGAAAUUGGUAGUUUUAAGAAUAUAGAGUCGGGAGGUGAACUGAGUUCUGACUCUUGAGGAAAUGACUUUAACGCUACUGUAUUGUCCAGGGAAAUCUUGAAUCCUUUCCCCCCACAUGCAGGAAGAUACCCAGAGGGAGUUUGGAAGCCUGUUCUCUGAGCUGUGAUACUGUUUGCCAGAGAAAAUAAAUUCUUUUUUUUUUUAAUGUAAGCUGUAUCUGUAACGUGGGGCUUGGACUCAGGACUCCAACAUCAAGAGUUGCAUGCUCUACCAACUGAGCCAGCCAGGCGCCCUGAACAUCAAAUCUCUAUAAGAAGGAUGAGCAUUACUUCAGGAGAGUCCACAGUUUUGUGUGUGAACAAGAUGGAGGCUGAUCUGUCUGGCUUUAACAUUGAUGUCCCCCGUUGGGACCAGUGCACUUUCCUGGGGCGGGUGAAGCACUUCUUCAAUAUCACAGACCCGCGCACUGUCUUGGUCCCAGAGCGUGAGCUGGACUGGGCCAAGGGGAUGGUGGAGAAGAGCAGGAUGGGGGUCGUGCCUCCAGGCACCCAACUGGAGCAGCUGCUGUAUGCCAAGAAGCUGUAUGACUCAGCCUUCCAUCCUGACACCGGGGACAAGAUGAAUGUCAUCGGGCGGAUGUCCUUCCAGGUCCCUGGCGGCAUGAUCAUCACGGGCUUCAUGCUCCAGUUCUACAGGACGAUGCCGGCUGUGAUCUUCUGGCAGUGGGUAAACCAGUCCUUCAAUGCCUUAGUCAACUAUACCAACAGGAAUGCAGCUUCCCCCACGUCGGUCAGGCAGAUGGCCCUUUCCUACAUCACAGCCACAACCACUGCUGUGGCCACCGCUGUGAGCAUGAACAUGUUGACAAAGAGAGCUCCACCCCUGGUGGGCCGCUGGGUGCCCUUUGCUGCUGUGGCUGCUGCUAACUGUGUCAACAUCCCAAUGAUGCGACAGCAGGAACUCAUCCAGGGCAUCUGCGUGAAGGACGGGAAUCAAAAUGAGAUCGGUCAUUCCCGGAGAGCUGCGGCCAUAGGCAUCACACAAGUGGUCAUUUCUCGGAUCACCAUGGCAGCCCCUGGCAUGAUCUUGCUGCCAGUCAUCAUGGAAAGGCUGGAGAAAUUGCGUUUCAUGAAGAAAGUCAAGGUUCUCCAUGCCCCGUUGCAAGUGCUGCUGUCUGGGUGCUUCCUCAUCUUCAUGGUGCCGGUCGCAUGUGGGCUCUUCCCACAGAAAUGUGAACUGCCAGCUUCUUAUCUGGAACCAGAGCUCCAAGACACCAUCAGAGCCAACUGCCUCCCUUCCUCAGCCCAUUGGGUUAAACACCAAAGACUGGUAUGUACUGAAUAGGAAAGAGAAGUUUUAUUUGGAUACCUCUGAGAAGUAACCAACCAGGAUCAAAGAGCCUUAAAGGAUGCACAGCAAAGUGCAGCCAUUUGCCCUUCCCAUCUGGCUGCUGUAGGUGACUUUCCAGGCUUGGUGUGGGUUGGGGGUGGAAGGAGACCAUUGUGGCUUACUAGGGAUCAAUGUCUGUCUGAGUUUCAUCUAGUAGAAUUUACUCACUGUUCAAAGGAUAUCACUGUGAAUCAAAUAAAUUUCUUGAAAGAGCGUAA